AUGAGGGAUAGUCUUGGCAUCUUAGCAAAGCUUGGGUACGUAGAAAAAACUUGCCAGGAAUUCUCGAGUCCCUCAAGGGCAGCGGCAGACGUAGCACGUUGGUGGAGGACGUUGAAAAAACUUCCAUUUCUCCUAAAUGACAUGUCUCGUCUGGUGAACAUCCGUGCAAACGUCACAUCCUGUGUUCCUGCCAUGCAGGAAAUUUCUGGACAACCUGCAAAAAAUGUGGCUGCGAAAGCCCUUCGAGAAGAGUUGUGCAACUACUCGGUCCCCGAAUCAAUCACCGCCGAGAUCUAUCACAGAGAAUUUUCUGCAGUUCAUUUUAUUUUCUCGCUUUGCUAA